AAUGCAAAUUUUUUUUUAUGUUUUAAAUUUUUUAUCUUUGGCAAUUGCUCAAUUAGAUCUUUCCAUAUGUGAAAAUAACAAUGUGGCAUGUUUUCGUGAUGAAGAAGAUUGUACAGCCAAUGAUUGCAAUGCUGUAGCCACAUAUCAAUAUGAUAAAAUACAAGACAAAGUAAUUUUUGUGUUAUGGGGAAGUAAAGAUAUUAAUUGGGUUGCAUUUGGACAAAGAAAUUCAAACUCAGGUCCAUUCAUGGUUACUAUUCGGGGACAAUACUGUGUGCGAUCUGAAAAUAUUUUGUUAGGAAAUUUUAAUGGAAAUUCAAUCACAAAAAACACCAGACCACAAUUUGUUCCACAGGGGAGUGAUAUAGCUUUGUUGGAAUCAAAAGAAAUGCCUGAUGGGUCUUUUUUUUGUAGAUUUGAAAGAUCAAAAAAUCUAGACAAUUCUAACUUUUAUCAACUUACGGAUCCUAUCUAUGCUGCAAUUGCGUUUGGCACAUCACUUAACAGCAAUCUUCCUACUUAUCAUGGAAGUUCGUAUCGAAUAUCUGUACAACCAAUAAAUUUUUUAUUAUCGAUGUAUAACUCUGCUUCAAAUAAUAUAAAUACUUCAACUUCAACAAUAACAAACGUGACUCUAAAUACAAUAACAACAACAAUAACAACAACAACAACAGCAACAACAACAAUUCAAGGCAACAACAGUUCAAUUCAGCAAUUGACUUCAACAAGCAAGCCAGAUUUAUCAAAGUGUGACAUAGAAUUUAAUUGCUUUCGUCACCCAUCUGGAUGUACUUCAAAUUGUAUUGCAGUUGCAACUUUUUUCUAUGAUAAAAGUACCAACAAAUACGUUAAUGAACUUUGGUCAAGUGCUUCUAAAAAAUGGGUUGCAUUUGCUCAAAAAGCUGAUAAUUCAAAUCCUGCUUUCAUGGUAAACUUACAAGGUCAAUAUUGUCUUUUAACCUCUUCAACAGUAGUUUUCGGUAGUUUAGAUGCAACAACAAUAACUACAAAUGAUGCCCCCGUUUGGAUUACAAUGAUUCCUGGAGUAGAAAUGAUCGCUUCAACAGUUUUUAAUGAUGGAUCGUUUAGUUGCAGAUAUACAUCGAAUGCUAAUCCUUCAAAUAGCAAUCUUUUUUUAGCGCUUGCAUUUGGAUCUUCUACAAACGGUCAGUUUCCAGAAUACCAUGAAUAUAACAGCUAUUCAAAAUCUGAUGCAAAAGUAAAUCUCUUGGCUAUUCAAAAGGUUUUAUCAGAUUCAUCUAUAAGCAAUUUAAUAAAAGGGCAUGGGAUUUUGAUGACUUUAGCAUGGCUGUUUUUUGCAACAUGUGGAAUAUUUAUGAGUCGUUACAUGAAACCAUUUUUAAAGACAAAAAUAAAUGACAAAGACGUUUGGUUUAGAAUGCAUCAAUUGUUUAUGUCAUCAACUUUGAUUUGUUUUGUUGUUGGCUUAAUAUUAAUUUUGGUUGAUUUAAAAGGAAGAUGGUCAAAGAAUGCUGGUACUCAUCACAUCCUAGGAUUGACAGCUAUUGUUUUAGGUUUGGUACAGCCAUGUAUAGCUUUGCUUCGUUGUGCGCCCGAUCAUAAAGAUCGUUAUAUUUUUAAUUGGGUGCAUCGAUUAAUUGGAAUGUUGGCUUGGUUUAUUGCAGCGAUUGCAGUUAUAUAUGGUUUGAAAUUACUGAACAUCAAUCAUGUUGCUGUAGUAGUUUUUAUACCCGUUGUGAUUGUUUUGUUUGUUGUACUCGAUCUCAUUCUACUGAAAUUUAGACCAAAUUUAGAUAAGGCCAAACCUCAAGUUGCAUACUCGUCAAUCCAGUUUAAUAUGGAAACUACUUCAAAAGAAAAUAAAACAGAUGAAUACAUAUCUACGUUUUUUAUGGUGGUUUUGUACAUUUUUGUAGCUGCCGUUGCCAUUGCUAUUUCGAUAUCCAUUGGAAAAUUUUAAGCACUUUUUUUUUAAUAUUUUGUUCUAAUAAUUAAUUCUUAAGUAAUAAAACAUAUCCCUCUCUUCUCUUACCGCCCCACUUUUGUAAAGGUUUUAUUUGAAAAAUUAAAUCUGGUUUUGUGGCACGGUGUGGCGUUUACUUUUUUUUUACUUUUUAUUUUUUUAUUUUUGAUAUUUUGCGGAAUAUAUUUAAUAAGCGGUAUUUACACUCGUAUAAUAUUCGUAUAUUUAUUCACGAAAUUUUUUAUUUUAACAAAGCUCUUGAAGCAAAUGUUUUACUUUUUUACGAUUUGUAUGCAUUUUAUUGGUAAAUUAAUAUUUAA